AUGAAGAAUUUUACAAUAGGUUCUAUGUUGAUUAUCUCCUACCUCCUUGCCACCGCAACCGCCACUGCUGCCGUCCUGGGCCCUUGGGUCCAAACCCUCACCAAGGGGAACAAAAAAAUCACAAAGUUCCAUUUCUACGUCCACAACCUCGAAGGCGGCCCCAAGGCCAACACCACCGUGUACGUCGUCGCGAACGCCUCCAUCACCUCCACUUCCCGCGCCAGCUUCGGGCGCCUCGAGGUCUUCGACGACCGCGUCACGGCCGGGCCAGACAUCAACUCCGAGCAAGUCGCCCGUGUUCAGGGCACGGCCGCCAACUCCGACCUCCACGCCACCGCCAUUGCCUUGAACACCAACUUUUAUAUAACGUCGGGAGAGUUCAACCGGAGCACGUUUGGCAUGACCGGCCGCCUUCCGUCGACAGAGCCGGUCAGGGAGAUGCCGGUGGUCGGAGGCACCGGCGCCUUCCGCCUUGCUCGGGGAUAUGCCGUUAGUACUGUUUAUUCGUUUGAUUUCGCGACGGGUAAUUCUGUUUUCGAGUAUACAAUUUAUGUCAUCACUCCCUCUCACGAGAUAGUGUGGACGGGCGCUUGA